AAAAUAUGGGCUGAUGUGUCAGCUUGUGGUGCAAUCUCAAGGGAAUUUGGGCGGGAAAUAAUAUUGGCUAAGAUGGAAGCGGGAUCCAUUUAAAAUUCGGGUCACCCAUCUCUUAAAUAUGGAUCCUAUAUAUUGUCUUUAACAAACCACAAUACUUCACAGACUCACUUCUCUGGAAACCUAGGUAUCAGCCACCGUGUUCCUCAUUCUUCUUCCUUACGAUUCAACUCAAACCCUAGCUAUUAGCCACUGUGAUCCUCAUUCUUCUCCGUUGUUCUACGAUUGAAAGUCUACAAUUGAUCGCAAGCAAUUGAAAGUACUCUUGCUUAAAAGAAGCCCAAGGUUGUAUUUGUCCUAGGUGAGAACUUUGGGGUAGAAGACAUAUCAUGUUUCAGUUUUAAGCUACUUCUGACUUAUGUAAUUGCCCAACUAUCAUUAUAUGAAUUGCUACCCCGCCGCCGGUUCCCUUCUUCAUAGUUCUGCGAUUUCGAAUUCGAUUAAGGUGUUCGACGAAAUGUGCAAAUGGGAUAGAGCUUCUGUUGAAAUAGAAAUUGUAGAAUCCACAUUCCAGAGAAGGGCUGAAGAUGUUCCCAGUUCUGUUUCUGUACAGGGUCACCAUUGGAUUCUAGACCCACAAUACCCUUGCCAGAUAGAAAUUUAUUGGUGUUCAUUCUUGAUAGCCUUCAAAAGAAGGACACUCAUGCCAUUUUCUCUGAACCUGUCAAUCCGAAUGAGGAUUUUGCAAUUCUCUUGUACGACCCACAACAAAUAUUAAUGGUCAAUGUUGCAGCUGUAUGAGGAGUAAUUGGCUAUGAAACUGAGGCACGAAGAAAGUUGCGAGCCUUCAAAGGGCAUGUGAGGUUAAGAGUGUUGGUUCAAAGCUACGCAGUUAUAGAGCUCCAAAAUCAAAUACCGUUCGCGGUCCACUAUUCAACUUGGGAUGUUUUAUUUCCAAAAUGUUACUACCUGAUCCAAAUUACAUUUCUAAAAAUUCUUUGGUUUAUAGUCAAUUGUUUUUUGGCAAAUUGGAAAAUAAUAAUCCCACCAUUGUGAAAUUGGCCAAUAAUAAUCCCAAGUCAGGAAUUAGCCACCAAUAAUCCCACCUCGUCCAUUUUUGGAAAAUAAUACUCCAAAUGCUGACGUGGCACUUUUGUCGUUUAGUGUCGGUGGAUUAUUAUUUUCCGAAAAUGAACGAGGUGGGAUUAUUAGUGGCUAAUUCCUGACUUGGGAUUAUUAUUGGCCAAUUUCACAAUGGUGGGAUUAUUAUUUUCCAAUUUGCCUUGUUUUUUUGUGUGAAAUGAUAUAUUAGUUGUCUUACCAAAUUGAUAUUAGAAAUAAAUUAUGUGAAAGCCGUCAAGCAACGUGCGUCUAGAAAA